AUGUCGGGAGAACAAUUCGAAGAGCAGGCACUGUACGGUGACCUGAACAACGAAGGAGCUGUUGUCAAUAACGACAUCGCCGCCGAAGCCGAAGGUGGUGCCGCAGGCGACGGUGCAUCCGGCGCGGCCAAUGAAUCAGCCUCCGCUGCAGGCGACGACGGCUCAGCCUCGGAGUCACCCAACAUCUCUUCGGGGCAACCUGUCAACACUUCGGACCAACUCGCUUCAGGGAUCGAAGACACACGGCAGCGGAUGACCGAAAUCAUCAACCAGUAG